AUGAUGGAGACGGCCGCCACCACUUUUGCUUCUAUUGCCGUCCUAGGUGCCGCGGGCUACUCGUACCACCGGUACUACAAGUAUCUGAUUUUGGAAAAGAUGGAGAAUGCCUUCAAGCCGGGCGAUCCAGCACUCGAAGUUGCAGGUGUAGAAUCUGGCAAGCAUCAGUAUCAUCAUGAGGAGCACUGGGUCGUCCGUGACGAACAACCCAGAAUUGAUCGAAUCAUUGCUGGUGGCGCUGGUGGCCGUUAUUUCCUGCUCAUCGGUGAGAAGGGCACUGGAAAGACAUCUAUGCUUCUGGAAGGGAUGCGCAAAAUUGAUGGGGAAGGUUGUGCUAUGUUUGAAGCACAUGGUGAUCUUGAGAUUUUCCGGGUCAGGCUUGGAAAGGCGUUAGACUAUGAGUUCCAUGAAGACUACAUUGGGAGUCUUUUCAGUAUUAAGGGUCCUCGAGAUACUACCCCUCUCUUGGACAUCGAGCGCGCAUUCAACAAGUUAGAGAAGGUGGCUCUUGCGCGUCGGCGUGAGGGAUUACCCGCUUUGAUAUUAAUCAUCAAUAGCACUCACCUGGUCAGGGAUGAUCAUGACGGUCAGGAUCUCCUGGAAAUGAUUCAGCAGAGAGCGGAACAAUGGGCGGCUAGCAACUUGGUGACGACAGUCCUCAACAGUGAUGAUUACUGGGUGUAUGAACGCCUCAAGCGGUACGCCACCAGGAUGGAAGUCAUCCCUGUUUCGGAUCUACCCAAGGGACGAGCGAUAGACGCUCUACGGAGGUAUCGCAGACAGUACUUUGGCGAGGAAUUAUCUCACGAAGUACUUGAAGAAAUAUACGACAAAGUUGGUGGACGUUUAUCCUUCCUGAACCGGGUGGCAAAGGCCAAAGAUUACAUGAAACUAUGUGAUAGCAUCUGUGAGGCAGAAAAGAGAUGGUUCCUCAACAAAUGCUGGAUUCUUGGACCGGAAAUGGAUGACGACGUCAUGGAUGAGCAGAAGUACUCUUCAGCUGCAAUGGUUCUCGCCAAAGCGCUUGUCGACAAGGAGAAGGAGAUGGAGAAAACUUAUGACCCAGAGAUUGGCCAUAUUUUACCACAGAUACCGCUGCAUAAAGCGCGGGAAAUUAUGACAAGAGCAGACUUCAUCCAAAGUUACGACCAUGAUAACAUCUUUACGAUCGAUUCUCGGGCUAUGGUCCGAGCCGAUUCCGUUCCUAUGCAGAAUGCUUUCCGAGACAUCUGUUCUUGGGAAGGAUUUGACAAGCAUCUGGAGGGAACAUUGGAGCGUAUUGGUGACAUUGAGAGUCUUGGACGAACCCGUGAGCUUACGAUCAAAGAUCUUUGGAAUCAGGGCAAAUACCAGCUUGCUAUGCGGGAUCCCAAGGGUCGCGACAACGGUGUUGCUGAGUUCUCGGUGAAGGAAGUCUUAUCUGCUGUAACGGCGACCGCAGAUACCGAGCCGGCAAACGAAUUGCGCCAGAAGACUCCGUUGGAACGGAUUCCCCAGUCAGCGCGCUUUGUGUUGGUCGUCCUGAGUAGCCUGGUACUGAGUGCUGGAUUCUUCAGUUUAACGUCUGGGGAUACCCUUGGCGAGCUAGGCGGCGUGAGCAGACAUCUUGAGGCAUGGUGGGAAGUGGGGGGUUUGACGGCUUGGAAGGCAAUAGAGGUUGGGUUAGCCUGGGUUUUGGGCUUUGAUGGACGAGAUGUGUCAUCAUUCAUCUUCCUUACUCACCUCCCCACCUACGCACUCCUGGCAUCUUUUUACAACAUCCGCCCCACUACGGUCUUGAUCUCUUAUGUGAUCAUCUUAUUCUCGACCUCGGUCCCCUUUGUACUCCUGCGCAAGCCGACUUGCGUGCACGACCUGUCGCAUGCUCCCUCCGAUACAGUCCGCAACCGUUCAAUCCUUCAGGACCGCGCGACAACCAUCUACACCACUAUCGCCGCGACAUCAAUUCUGACUGUCAUCCUAUACCUAAGCUACGCGACCUGGUUCCCAACACAACUAGUCCUCCACUUCGAAAACAUCCCUGACAUUGGCGCCGUUCACGCCGGUCCCGCGGGUCUGCCAACCCUCUUCCUCGCCCUCCUUCCAGCCGGGUGGGCGGCGAGAGAUCUCCUUUUCGUUAGUUCCACUGGCGCGGCCGCGUCUAAGAGGACCGAAUCGACCGAGAAGAACCCCGCAUCGCACGAGGGCGAGUACCUCGCCUGUGCAGUUUAUCGGAAGACCUGGGGCGCACUCUCGCCUAAGACGAGAGUUCUUAUCUCGCGAACGGUACUUCUUGCAGUCAUGCUUCUCAGUAACACCAUUGUCCAGUUGGCAGGAACCAUCGAGGGAAUUAGCAUCGAGGGUGCGUCCGCUUGGGGUUCAAUCUGGGCCGUCGCCAUUUUGGCUGUUGGAGCGACUUUUGGUUGGAUCGAGGCCGUUGAUGGAGUAUGA